UCUUGUCCAUGUUGUCCUCUGUUUUUUUUUACUUUUAAGCAUGUGAAAACUUAAAGAAGUGAAUCCCUGGAACUUUACGUGACGCAAAGGAAAUGGUUUUAUUUAGUUAUUAUUUUUAUCACCAGCUAGCUAUUUUGGUGUGGCUGUGCUCUUGAGACUAUUCAUAACAAUGAGGCCCUUAUGGGUCACGGACAGAUGUUACUCGACACAAUAAGCGCAAAAUGUAAACGGAAAGUGAGAAAGACGGUUCUGUGCACGCCAUUGUCUCUUAUUUACUCGUGUUUUGAAGACCCCGCCCAGUCAGGUCAGCCUACAGCUGCAGCUGGAGUAAAGAACUGACUGAGUACCGCAGCCGCAAGGACAUGUUAGCACCGUCUCUGAUCUUCAGCUGUUUAAGGACAACGCUGCUUUAAUCCGUUUACGGGAACAUGAUUCCAGUGACAGAAUUCCGGCAGUUUACGGAACAACAGCCAGCUUUCAGGGUUUUAAAGCCAUGGUGGGAUGUGUUUACAGACUACCUGUCUGUGAUCAUGCUCAUGAUAGGCGUGUUUGGCUGCACUCUGCAGGUAAUGCAAGACAAAAUCAUAUGUCUUCCUCAACGGACAUUCCAACCAAACGAGACUGAGCUGAUGGCCCCACCUGUUUCCAUAACUCCUGUUUCCUCAGUGCCUGUCACAGAGCUAAAAGGACUGAAGACCAACUUAGACAUUCAGCAGUAUAGCUACAUUAAUCAGAUGUGUUACGAAAAAGCAUUACAUUGGUAUGCCAAAUACUUUCCUUACCUGGUUCUCAUACAUACCGUCAUUUUCAUUGUAUGCAGCAAUUUUUGGUUCAAAUUUCCUGGCUCUAGUUCAAAAAUCGAGCACUUUAUAUCCAUCCUGGGCAAGUGUUUUGACUCUCCGUGGACUACAAGAGCUUUGUCAGAAGUAUCGGGGGAAAACCCUGAGGAGAAAGACAACAAAAAGAACAGCGCUAGUAGGUCAAACCUCAAUAUUCCAGCUAUUGAGGGCACCCUUGAGAAGAGUCCAUCUCUCAGAUCCAUUCCUGACAAAAUUGUGGUCGACAAGCCAGCUCCAAGCGUCCUUGACAAAAAGGAGGGAGAGCAAGCCAAGGCCUUAUUUGAAAAGGUCAAAAAAUUCCGCUUGCAUGUGGAGGAGGGUGAUAUAUUGUAUAUGAUGUAUGUCCGUCAGACUGUUGUGAAAGUGUUCAAGUUUAUUCUUAUAAUUGCGUACAACAGUGUGCUGGUGUCAAGGGUUAGGUUUACCGUUAAAUGUAAUGUGGACCUACAGGACAUGACAGGCUACCGGCAGUUCUCAUGCAAUCACACUAUGGCUCACUUGUUUUCGAAGCUCUCCUACUGUUAUUUGUGUUUUGUGAUUGUUUAUGGACUCACGUGCCUUUAUACGUCCUACUGGCUAUUCUAUCGUUCUCUGAAGGAGUACUCUUUUGAAUAUGUUAGACAAGAGACUGGAAUUGAUGACAUCCCAGAUGUAAAGAACGAUUUCGCUUUCAUGUUACACAUGAUUGAUCAGUAUGAUCCGUUAUACUCCAAAAGGUUUGCUGUGUUUCUCUCCGAGGUUAGUGAAAACAAACUUAAACAGCUCAACCUCAACCAUGAGUGGACAGUUGAAAAGCUUAGACAGAAGCUGCAGACAAAUAGCAAUAACAGGCUUGAGCUUCAGCUCUUUAUGUUUCCUGGUCUCCCAGAUACCAUUUUUGAGGUGGCAGAGCUGCAGUCUUUGAAGCUUGAAAUCAUUAAUAAUGUUACCAUACCAGCAUCCAUUGUCCAACUUGAGGAUCUCCAGGAGCUUUCCCUCUACCAAUGCUCGCUCAAAAUCCACAGUGCAGCCAUCUCGUUCCUCAAGGAGAACCUGAAGGUUUUGCGAGUGAAGUUUGAUGACAUGCGCGAACUUCCACAGUGGAUGUAUGUGUUGCGGAGCUUGGAGGAACUCCAUCUGAUUGGCUCGUUCAGCUCUGACGUGUCAAAGUACGUAACGCUGGAGUCCCUGAGAGAGCUCAAAUCACUCAAAACCCUGACACUCAAGAGCAACUUCACCAAGGUCCCUCAGUCUUUUGUAGAUGUAGCCAGCCAUCUACAGCGUCUCUGCAUUUGCAAUGAUGGCACCAAGCUGGUGAUGCUUAAUAACCUGAAAAAGAUGGUGCAUCUCACAGAACUCGAGUUAGUGCACUGCGACCUGGAACGCAUACCACAUGCCAUUUUCAGCCUGAGUAAUUUGCAGAUGUUGGAUCUGAAGGAGAACAAUAUACGUUCAAUUGAAGAGAUUCUUAGCUUCCAGCACCUCCGGAAGCUGACCUGUCUGAAGCUUUGGCACAACAGCAUCGCUUUCAUACCUGAACACAUAAAAAAACUUGGCAGCUUGGAGCGUCUCUACUUAAGCCACAACAAGAUUGAGAUCCUGCCUUCGCACUUGUUCCUUUGCAACAAACUGCGCUACCUUGAUGUCUCCAACAACGACAUCCGUUUCAUACCACCGGAGAUAGGUGUUCUUCAGAGCCUCCAAUACUUCUCUGUUACCUGUAACAAAAUCGAAAAUAUUCCAGAUGAACUCUUUUUCUGUAAGAAGCUGAAAACUCUCAAGCUUGGCAGGAACAUGCUGUCUGUCCUCUCGCCAAAGAUUUCCUACCUUGGUGCAUUGGCUCAGUUGGACUUAAAGGGUAAUCACUUUGAGUGCCUGCCAGCUGAACUGGGCUGUUGUCGUUCCUUAAAGCGGAGUGGACUUCUGGUAGAAGAUGUGCUGUUUGAGACUGUGCCCUCUGACAUCAGGGAACAAAUGGAAGCAGAGUGAUGUUCCAUUGCUUUGCUUUAAUGCCAAAUGUUUUAAUCUGGCUUCUUUACGAGGCGACACUUCAAGUGCUCUGUCCAGUUGUAUGUAUCGUGUAUCUGUAUUGGUGAGUACCUGCAAUAUUCAAAGCCGGAUUUAUGCUUGGCCUUUUAUGCAUAAAAUAUUUGGGGAUGAACACCUUCUAAUGCCUUAAAUCAUAUAUUAUGGAGAAUGCCAAGAAAAAUCAACAAAUUAAAUUUUUUUUAGUCUCAAGCCUUUGCACAGCAUAAGACGGGGAGUCCUAAAACAGUGGGAUGGACUACAUUUCCAUUGUGUCCAUUCACCUCUUAAGACUUACAUUUGCUUUCAUAAUUUCCUAUAAAGAUUUUGCACUGGAAAUGUGAAUAUUAGAAUUUGCACAGGAAACAUUCUUCUCUUAUUUUUCAAAAUGUGGGACUUAAGAGUUUAUUGAGGUAUGUAUUAUUGGAAGAGAGUUUAUCUUUUGUGCUAGUGUUUUUUCCUGCUUAUCCAAGGCCUUUUAACCUUUGGAAAACAGGGCCAGGGUAAACCUUUUGCAUGUGUUCUCAGGUAGACUUUAUUUUCUGUGCGUAACUUGUUUAACGGUUUGCGAACUGUCAGCUGUAGAUCAUGGGCAGAUAGAGAGAACUACAUUAUAGAAUACAUAGAGAGAACUACAUUAUAGAAUACCUCUUUUGAACGUGUUGUACCAGCUUCAAUUUUAGUGCAAGUGUUUAAAAAAUCAAUAAGAGGCUUUUAACCUGCUGUUAUUUGCCUAAAUAAAUAAUCAAGAUGCAAAGGAUACAUUUGAGCCAGAAAUAUCUUUACCUUACCUUUUUAAUAGUACACAGAUUUUAUUCCUCCAUUUAUACACUUUUUUUACACUCCUCGUUGGAAUGCUUGAUUCUGAUUGGCCAGUCGCGACAUUUGCAGAUUCGUUAUUCCCAGAUAACAAAUUCUCAAAACUAAUAACACACAGUAACCCCGAUGCAGCAAAUCAUUUUGAUAGGUUUUGUUGACAAAUUAAAUAUAAACAUGUCUUUUGAUAACAUAUAUGACAUUAUAUUUACAAAUGAUUAAACCAAAUUGCCUGUUUGUGAUGGUUUCUUACCUUAAAACAGAAAGUAAACAGCUUUUCCUCGCAUUCGGUAAAAAUGAACUAAUAAAAUAUUUCAGAUUCACAUUUCAUGUCCAGUUUUUUUUCUUAUGUGGCAAGCUGCCAGAUACUAAGCAGGAUAAUGUACAAACAGCUGGCUGUUAUCGCGAAACUUCACGUCGGGUCCUGAUCACACUGUCAAUUAUAUUCCCUUUAUGUUAUCCCUUACAUAACUGCUGCUUACACUAUUUACUGUAUUACAUUCAUAAGUGUUUGUUAAUUUAAUAUAACCAAUCAUUGUUCAACGUCAUUGUUUAUUCUUGAUGUAAAAACACAUUUUGGAGAGACAAAGUUAUGUACGUAUAUACUAUACAUAAAGGUCUGACAUUCUCGUUUAAGUGCUCUUCCAUAAUGUGGUUAAGUUAAAACUGUAAUAUAAUGGGCUUUUUGCUGCACUGUGAUAAAUCAGGUAGACUUUAACAUCUGUUUUUCUUUUUACUACUAUCAAUGAUAAAUUAGAUGUGUGUGUGUGUGUGUGUUUUGUCCUGAGGUUUAUGUACACGGCAAUUACAUUGUCUCUGAUCUGAGGUGACUCAUCUUAUGUACUGGGAUCAGUAUGUGGCCUUUCUCUUCAGACUGCCAGUCACACUCCUCUGUCAUAUAAAAGAAGUACCAUCGAAUCAGUGUUUCACUAAUGUAUUACCAAUGUCUUGGAAUUCAUACAUAUUUAGCAGAGUACAUUAGAUAUGAAGAUCAGUAGUCUUUAUGUGUUUUGCCAGAAGUAUGUUAGUAGUAUUAUACACUCAAAUGAUUGAGCUUUGGAGUUUUAGUAAUUUGGCUUGACAGGAGGCCUUUCUUGGAAGGUUGGUCUUUUUGAUUAUUAAAGCUCAUAGUAGUGUCAAUACCGAAUUAUGGCAGACUUUUUAAAAUAGUUUGUUUUUGCAUAAAAUUAAAGCUGUCUCUAGAUAAACCAAGACAUGCUGUAGUGUUGUUUUGUAUUAUUUACAAUCAAUCAAAGUGUUUUUAUUGUGUAAAUAGGAUGAAUAAAAUGCAUUUUCCCUUUG